GAAGAAAAGUCCGCCGCUCCGGUAAACGUGACUCAGUGUUGAGCGAAGUGUCUCCUCUCCGUACUUGUUCCAUUUGAGAGAAGUUUUGCUGCCUUUGAUCAGUUUCGCGACUGAGGGGGUUUCCAACGCACAUGGCUACGUGCUGCCGAUUUCUGCCUUGCCGCCGCUGUUCCUGCUGCCUCACGGAGGAUGAGAAGGUGGCGUUUGAUAUCAACAAAAAGAUUAACCAGGCGCUGCAACAACAGAAGAGGAGAUGGAAACGAGAACUGAAGCUGCUUCUGUUGGGCACCGGAGAAAGUGGAAAAAGCACGUUCAUCAAACAAAUGAGAAUUAUCCAUGGAUCUGGAUAUUCUGAGGAAGACCGAAAAGCCUUUGCAAAGUUGGUCUACCAGAACAUAAUUACUUCAAUGCAGUCUAUUACAAGAGCAAUGGACACCUUGAAUAUACAAUAUCAAUUUCCGGAAAAUAAGGAACAGUCUCAUGUAAUAAAGGAAUUGGAAGCUUAUAAAAUCACUGUCCUAGAAAGACAUCAUGCAGAUUUAAUUAAAAGUUUGUGGAAUGAUUCAGGAGUAAAGAUCUGCUAUGAACGGCGCCGAGAGUAUCAGUUGUUUGACUCCACAAAUUAUUACCUGAAUGACAUUGAUCGCAUUGCAGCCAGUGAUUACAUACCAACAGAUCAAGACGUGUUGAGGGUCCGAGUGCCAACAACAGGCAUCAAUGAAUAUUCAUUUAACAUGCAUAAAGUAUGCUUGAGAAUAGUCGACGUUGGAGGACAGAAGUCUGAACGAAGGAAGUGGAUUCACUGCUUUGAGAACGUCUUGUCAGUUAUAUUCCUGGCUUCGCUCAGUGAAUACGACCAGGUGCUGGAAGAGAGUGAGAAGGAGAAUCGUAUGAGGGAGAGUCUUGCUCUGUUUCAUUUUAUUUUGAGGUCCCAGUAUUUUCCAACUUCAUCAAUAAUUCUUUUCUUGAAUAAAACUGACAUUUUGAAGGAGAAGAUUCUUAACUCACAUUUAGCGGACUACUUUCAUGAGUUUAAAGGGUCAAAAAGAAAUGCAGAUGUUGCCAUGGAAUUCAUCCUACAAAUGUAUCUGAAACAGGAUGUAAAUAAGAGACAAAUCUACCAUCACUUCACCUGUGCCACAGACACAGAAAACAUUCGCAAAGUGUUUGACGAUGUGAAGCAAACAAUUUUGGUGAAGAGCCUGACUGAGCUGGACUUAAUGUAAAAGGGCUCUCUAAUACAUAGAACAAAAUGCUCUGGGUGUGUUGUAGCUCUGAUUCAACUUCUCCUGCACAGAAUGGAUGUAAGAAGGUGAAAUUCCACUACAACCAGGACGUGGAAUUCUUCAAUGUGUCAGCGGUUGAACCAGACUUUGAAAAGCACAGUUCCAUAUUGAUAAACCAAGGAACAAACUAAAGAGAUCUUUCCUGGAUGACAUUUAUGUGCCUCUGCACGCAGCUCCCUGGAAAAAUGGGAGACACAGAACAUUAACUAAAAUUAAGCAAAAGAGUGAUGGUCAAAUAAUGAAGAAACUGUCAUUGUAAUUCAGUUGUGGUGUUCAGUGAUAUCAAUCUUCCGCAAUUUUCUUUUAAAUCAGGUUUGCUUCAUUAAUAUUCCAAAUAAUGAUCUGCAUUAAUAGUGUUUCCAGAACUAGCCGAUCUAAGAGGAAGUGGUGUCAGCUGCAGGGAAGGUCACGAUUAGAAUGGAAGGUAGCAACAAUGGUGAGGAGCAGCAAAUGAUAUUCACAAAAGCAGACAGACGGCCAACAAUUUCAAUUAUGCAUAUAUUGAUUUUGUGUCUUCGCUUAGUUCCAAUCCCAGCCUUCACUGCGAUCCUGAUUACCUACUAGUGUCGUGAAGGCAAAGUGAUGAAGUAGCAAUGUGUGGCCUAAUGCUUCUGGGGAAUGCCAACUCUAUCAAAUGUAUAUAAAACAGAGAUUAGGACAGGCCAUUCAGCCCAUUGAUCUUAAUGCCAUUUUAUACUAAAUGUCAUCCUCCUGUUCAUCAUCCAUAUACCUCCAUUUCCUUUCUAUUCUUGUCUAUAAAAACUCCAACAAACUGCCUACUUCCACUACCACUCUUGGUAACCCAUUCCAGGCACCUACAGUACUGUGCAAAAGUCUUAAGCACACAUAUAUAUAGUUAGGGUGCUGAAGCCUUUUACACAGUACUGUAAUUGUCAAAGUGGAGCAGACAGCGAAUUCAUAAAUCUGACGGGAGAAAAGGAUGGUGAGGGUGGAGUGCCGCGGGAGGUGUGUGGGACAGGUGACAGGGAAGGAGUGCUGGGACGGUGAGUGGCGUAGGUGCCAAAGCUUCCAUCCCUGAGAUACCAGCCAAAAUAAUUUGAUUCCAAGUAAUUGGUUUAUUGUUUAUUACAGAAUGUCUCUCUGCUGCUUCCCUGCUCCCUGCUCUUCCUUUUUCCCCAAACCAUGAUCCCCCUCUCCCUGCCCCUUUCCCACUCUCAAUCCACGAUAGAGACCCAUAUCAGAAUUAGGUUUAUCAUCACUCACAUAUGUUAAGAAAUUUGUUUUUUUUGCAGAAGCGCAAUAUAUAAAAUUACUACAGUACUGUGCAAAAGUCCUAGUCUCCCUCGCUGUAUAUAUGUGCCUAAGACUUUUGCACAGUAUAUAUAUUUAAUUAAAGAUGAUUUCUGUUAUCCUUAAUAUAAUAUUAAAGAUAAAUAUCAUUAAAAUAUAUAUUUAAUGAGAUAUAUAUUUUAAAUUUAUCUCAUUAAAGAUCCUUUUGUCCAGGAAUAUGUUUAUUUUUGAAGGCUGAAACUGUGUCAGAGUGUGCAUAUUAUAAAAUUAGGGAUUAAUUUUGAUAUCUUGAAGAAAGCAAUCAACGUGGCUGUGCAAGUUUUCCACAAUCUCGUGAGAUUAUUAAUGUCUGGUCUGUGUGCAAAGGCCACAUGACUUCACCACUUCCUCUCUGGAACUUGCUGGCAAAAUUUCGUGGGAACCGACGUUGGUACAGGGUUUCAGUUUUACAACCUGGCCCACUGGUACCUGGGAACAUUGAUAACUUUACUUUUUUGACAUGGAUUUGGGGAGAAAAUUCCCAGUCUGUUUCAACGGCAGGGGGCAAGGAGGUCAAAGGCUGAGAGGAAAUUUAAUUGAGGUGUGCCAAAGCUUCGGAAUCAGAAGGACAGGAAUAACUCUUCAGCAGCGAGGACAGUAACUAGGAGGGAAUAGGGGCAGAGUGACUGAUAUUUUACAGUGGUGGAUGUCUGGAAAUCACUGAGUGAAAGGAUAGUAAUGACAGAAACACUCUUACAUUUGAGAAGAAUCAGAAUGAGCCCUUGAAUGGCUGCACACUGUUGAGGCACCGACCAAAGACUGGAAAGUGAAAUUAGUUGACAAUAUAUUUUCGGUAGGUAUGAAUAUGAUAUUUUUUUGAGCAGUGAAGUUCUAGAAUUCCUUACAGAACCACCUGAAUAUGGAUCUCCAUACAGUAUAUGUAAAUAUAAGACUAUAGGACACAGAAGCAGAAGUAGCUCUUCUCAACCCCAUUUUCCUGCCUUCUCUCAUAACCUUUGAUGCCCUAACUAAUCAAGAACAUAUCAACUUCCACUUUAAACAUAACCAAUGACUUGGCAUCUACAGCUCUCCAUGGCAAUAUGGGUCCCAGCUCUGGUUUCAAGAGACUACAGUUUAAUAAAUUUAGAUGGUGACAUUUUACUUUGCAUUUGCUUCAUUUUAUCACCUUUUCCCCACCUCUCUUGCUUGUACUUCAGGCUGUUGACUCCCUCCCGAGGUUUGGUUUCAGGGCUGCCUGUUGCCAUGUAGGUUGUUUUGUCUUAAUGAUCAGACUUUGAAGAUAUUUUACUAUAGCACCAUUAUACCCCCUUGCCAGAUCUUUACAUUCACUCCAGAGAUACACCAAUGAUUGGUGAUCAAGAGCAGCCAAAAAUGUCAAUUUCAGACCUUAAGACCAUAAAAUAUGGGAGCAGAAUUAGGCCACUUGGCCCUUGAGUCUGCCUGCCUUCUCCCCGUAUCCCUUCAUGCCCUGAUCAAUCAGGAAUCUAUCGACCUCUGCCUUAGAUAUACAUAAAGACUUGGCCUCCACAGCUGCCUGUGGCAAUGAAAUCCACAGAUUCACCCCUCCCUGGCUAAAGGUGUUCUUCCUCAUCACCAUUUGAAAAGGAUGCGCCUCUAUUCUGAGAUUAUGUCCUCUGGUCUUAGACUCUCCCACCAUAGGAAACAUGCUCUUUACAUGCACUCUGUCGAGGCCUUUCACCAUUUGAUAGGUUUCAAUUAGUUAAUCCCUCAUUCUUCUGAAUUCUAGUGAAUAAAGCUCCAGAGCCAUCAAAUGCUUUUCAUAUGAUGAGGCUUUCAAUCCUGGAAUCAUUUUCAUGAACCCUCUCCAGUGUCAGCACAUCCUUUCUAAGGUAAAGGGCCCAAAACUACUCAAAAUACUCGAAGUGAGGCCUCACCAGUGCUUUAUAAAGUCUCAACCUUACAUCCUUGCUUCUAUAAAUAAGUACAGUAUACACUUUUACAUUGCUGCUUAUCAAUGCUGAUGUCGAUUUUCAAUACUGGUUUUAUGAAUGAAUGUCAAGAUGAAAACCUGCCCAGUUUCUAAAGGUUUGUGAUGGUUAUAUUUAAAUACAGUACGCUCUGGAGCCCUUUCAAAGUGAAAAACAAAACUGACAUCAUAACACUGAACCACAAAGAUUUUGCUUCCUGAAUACUUUUGGGUGUAUCUUAUGGAUUUUGGGCUGUUGAUCAUGAAAAGCACCAUGCAAUUUCCCUAUCAUGCACAAUUUUUUUGAAAUUGGCUUCAUUUAUUAUUUCAAUUCAUAAUUCAAGUCAGAAUAACUGAUGCCAAGAUUAAGGAGUCUUAAGGAACAGUAUCAGGGCAACUGGAAUCCAUCAGUGCUGGCUGGUUAUUGUUGGACACUUAAGCGAGAAGCCUCAGACACUGAGUACAAAUGAAAAUCAUCAACAAAGCAUUUCUAGUUUAGUAGAACUAUCGCAAAGUGUCAGCAUUGUUAUGCAAUUAAACACAUUAUAUUCAUUGAAAGUUAAUUUCUUGUUUCUCCAAAUUCCUAUGUGAUACAAGUAGUCUGAAAUUAUAUUUGUGUUCAGCUUCAAGUGGUCUAUCAUAAACAAAAAAAAAUUCUGAGGAAGCAACACCUUCCAAAAAAAAAUUGUUGUCCAGUGUAACUUUACCGUAUUACAGACUAUUUAUGUAACUCAUUGGAUGCAAGCUGUCAUACACAAUGUGGAGAAAAUGAUAUGAAGAAAUUUAUCAUUGCAAUUGUGAACUAAAUCCUGAUGCCAGGAUUUGGCUGUUCAUCUUGAAUUAUCUAGAAAAACAAAUCACUGCAUUAUUAUGCAAAAAUGUACCUCAUGACCGCACUUUUUUGUAAGUUUACAAACUUUCAUAAUCAAAUGUAAAACUUUAAGUCUAGUAGAUAAAGAACAUUAUGCCAUGUUACUUAGUUCUGAACUGCCAGGACUCUUAACUGGUCUGUAUCACAUCCAAUGUUGGGACAAAUUACUUAGAAUCUUAUCUUCUACAGCAGAACAUUAAACAGUCUAUAAAAUGUAAAAAAAGUGCACUGUUCUAUAUCCUUAAGCUACUGUUAAUAUAACUGUAAACAAUGUGCAUUAUGCUAUAUUCGUGUUUUGUAAAGUCAGAUAUGUACAGUAUAUAUUUUCUUCACUGGAAUAAUAGACUAUAAUGUAUUCCUCUGUAACUUGAAUUAAUAACUGGUUAUUUGAAAAAUA